GAUUUGACUCAAAUUGUCCGGUUGUCAUUUUUGUUUAAUAAUUUUUGGGGAUCAUCUUACUGACCCAUUCAACCAUUAGGGUACAAUAAUGGAAUUUCCUUAUUUCAAUAAUCGUGUAAGGACGCUCCUAAUCCAUUCGUUUUGUUCCUGGUAGCCCUGUGAUUUUUUUAACUGUUGGACCGAACCUGAGGAUACACAGAAAUGGAUAUAUCUUUAUAGCGCUGAUUGCUGUAAAAAAUUCGCAUCUGUGGAAUCCUCAAAUUUAACGCCGAAAGUCUGGAUUAUGCUUCUGGAUAUACUAAAUAUAGCUGUAAUAGGUAUUUCCUAAAAUGGAUGACAAAAGAAAAGAGCAAAAAAUGGUAGAUACAGAGUCACAGUCAAGAUCAAGUGCUAGUAACGAGACAUCUAACUCUGAUUUGAUUGCUGGAGUGCACAAUGAGAUUACUGUGGGAUGCAUCAUCAGUCGGCUGCCAUGGUAUGAAAUACCAUUACUAAGGACUUUGAACAGAACAUGGGAUGCCAUCCUUACCAAUUCUAACUAUGCUAAUUACUUCAGACACCAUCAAUGUCAUGUCCUUGCCAAAUCGAUUGUUUUCUACAUGAAAAAUGCUUUAAGUGGAGGCCAUAAGCUACUGCUUUAUCAAGAUGGUUUUGUGAGAAGGUUACCUUUACCUCGUAGUAUUCCUUCCAGAUCCAUGCUGAAGAUUCUUGUCACUGGCCAUUGUAUAUAUUUCCUGAUUCUUACAGAAAAUGAUCAAAGUAUGUACAAUGUAUAUACACUUGACUUAGCACGGGGGAUGAUUGGUUGGCAAAGCCUUUCCCCAUUACCAAACAGGGGAAAUUGUGUAUACAUUGCAAGGUGUCCUGAUGGAAACUCCGCCUACAUGUUGAUGCUGAAUGAUGCAAUUUCCAAAGAGGCAGAAAAUAAGUGGUCCGUGUGGAUGCAUAAAAUUAAAGCCAAUGGCAGCUUCUCAAAAUGGAGAAGCAUUCCUCUUUCUCUUCCUCUGCUUAAUCAACUGACCAAGAAAUCGUAUCCACCUAAAUACCUUGAUAUACAGACAAGUGAUGACAAAAGACAUAUCUAUGGGAGAGUCUCACCUGUGUCAUUGUCACAGUUGGCCAUUAUGAAAAUCUGUGAGCCUGAGCAUCACCAUUACCCUGAAGUUCUUUUGGUAUUUAGAGAGGACCAUGGUUUUGGGGUUGUCUCAAAAAUAAGUCGGAUUUGCCAGCGGGGUAACAGUCUACAUGAAAGAUUCACAGUCCUGCUAAACAAAAUAAAGGUGCAGAAUGUGGAGGAUGAAGCAAUUAAGGGCCAAGAUGAGCUGAGUGCAUUUCAACGUUGGUGGAGGUCCCGCUGUGGUAAUGAGCUAAUGGGAGAUCAGAAAGCAACAUUUAAAUUGGACAAACAAUGGCUUGGAAUGGAAACAAUCUUUAGCUUUGAGGAAAAUAAGUUAAUGUUGAAUAAGUGCUUCAUGCUGGCACAGCAAGGCUUUGUAUGGCCCUAUAUACGUCUCGCCUCUGCCUGGCCUCCUGAGAUGACAUUCCAAUACGUAGUGAAUCGAGAAUACAUCAGAGGUGGAGGCAAAUUUUGGCUAGACACAUGUUUUGAUUAGGUGGAACCUAAGGUUGUUCGCCUAACAAUUUGUCUAUGUGAUCCCGGAUGCUUUGAUACCACUUCUAUGAUCCAAAAUCAGAAAUAUUCCAACAUAAUUAAGUGUUUCAGCUUCUAAAAUGAUUGGAUUUCUGAACAUAGAGAUCUAAAUUUGUAAAUUUGAAAAAUUAAGUUUUAGAAACAGAAAUCUGAAUCAAACAGCAAUUUGAAACAA